AUGACCACAUACGACGAGUAUGGCAUUCCCGUCGGCGCAUACUCAGAACCCGAGAGCUUGACACACCAAGCAUGGCGGCUGUGCAGGGCCUUCUUUCUAUAUCGCAUACGACCUGCUGUGCAGGGUAAGAGAAAUGAGCUGCGCAGUGGGAACUGGAGCUUUAAGCGGCUCUUUACGCUCGUGAAUGGGCUGGUGUUGCUGUGGUGGGUGGUUCUGUACUGGGGCGAGAGAGGUAUCUUCAACAGCGCCGUCGAGAGCUGCCACUGGGACAAAUGGGAAGACUGGGAAACCGGCGCGAACCCCCACAGACUCAUCUUCGUCGCCGACCCGCAACUCAUAGAUCCGCACACCUACCCCGGCCGCCCGUGGCCCCUCAAUCCUCUAGCCUACAAAUACACCGAUCUGUACCUACGUCGCACCUAUUCUCGCUUCCAGACCGUCCUAUACCCCGACACUAUCUUCUUCCUCGGCGAUCUCUUCGACGGUGGCCGCGAAUGGUCUACGCGCACGACUACCUCGCCGGAGAAGCAGUACCGCAAAUAUGGCGACGACUUUUGGAUGAACGAGUACAGAAGAUUCGGGAACAUCUUCUUCAAACACUGGGGUGAUGGAGGCAUGCAGGCGAGACCAGGACAGCCUGGACGGAAGCUCAUAAGCAGUCUACCUGGUAACCAUGACCUGGGAUUUGCCAAAGGAGUGCAAGAAGGCGUCCGAAACCGAUUCGAAGCCUACUUCGGCGACGGCAACAGAAUCGACGUCAUCGCAAACCACACCUUCGUCUCAAUCGACAGCGUCUCCCUGAGCGCAUUCGGCCAGGAGUCCCCCGAACAAGUCGAGAAGAUAUGGCGCCCUACAAAAGACUUCCUCUCCGACGCAAAGAAGCGCAAAAAGCGCCUCAUCCAACGCGAACUACGAGCGCAACAAGGCCUGCGACCCUACCCAGGCAUGCCACACAACGCAAUCUCCGCGCAAGACCUAGCCACUUCGUCCCUUCCCCACGCGGACGACGACAUCACCGAAUUCCCCACCAUCCUCCUCACCCACGUGCCCCUCUACCGCGCCCCAGGUACACCCUGCGGCCCCCUCCGCGAACACUGGCCCCCUACGCCUCCCCCACCCGGCCAACCUCCCCUCGACCACGACGACCGAAACGCCAUCUCCGUCCGCGGCGGCUACCAAUACCAAAACGUGCUCAACCGCGAAAUCACCGCUGAUAUCGCUGAGAAGGUCGGUGAUAUCCGGUAUGCCUUUUCGGGCGACGACCACGACUACUGCGAGUUGGUGCAUAAAGCGUAUACCAGUGCUGGCGGCGGCAUACGCGAGAUCACGGUCAAGAGCAUUAGUUGGGCUAUGGGCGUUAGGCUCCCGGGUGUUGUGCUGGUCAGUCUGUGGAAUCCGGUUGAUACGCUUGGGAGGCCGGUGAAUGGCGGGGAUGCGAGUAAGACGAUUCAAACGAAGUUGUGUUUGCUGCCUGAUCAAAUUGGCACGUUUCUGAGAUAUGGGAGUCUGUUCGGGUUGACGCUGUUGCUGCUGUUCGUUCGCGCGGCGGGCGUUAUGCUAGGCGUUGUCUCGAAUGGCGAGGACGGAAAGGCGGAAAGUCCGCUGUUGCCUACGACGAACGUCCCUGCUGCUAUGGAGAAGGAAUCCCACUCUUCCAACUCAUCGACCUCUUCUGAACGAAACGGCAACCUAUCUGCUCGAGCGACUACUCAAGCACGAACUCAACAAUAUCAACAGUCGAAAUACCAACUCCCGUUGAUACAACACGCCGGCUAUGAUCCCGCCAAAGACCUCGACGUCGACGACGAUGCAGGAGAUAAGAAGGUUAGAGUCUACGGUGUCAAUACCAAAGCAUCUAAGAAGCCGCGGAAACGGAGAAAGGGACUAGCAUUGUUUUGGUGGGAACUCAGGACGAGUUUGAGGACGGUGGUUGUGCUGGGGGGCGUGUGGUAUGUGUUCUUGGUGUGGAGGGGGUGA